AUGCCGGGAACGGACGAGCCUCCUGCCUCGCUCUUCGCUCCACCAGAAGUUCCACUGUCUGCUCCUGCUCCUGCUCCUGUACCUUUUCCAGCACAGUCGGCAGGUUCGAACCCGACUCCAGGUGCUAGCCCUCCACUGGGUCCUUCUCCACCCUACCAAGCUUACCCGACCUACCCCACGCAGCCGUACAUGUACCCUCCACCGUCGCAGGGGUACUCCUCGUGGCCGCCUUUCCCGACGCAGCAGGGGCACUCCGGGCCGGCAAGCGUCACAGCGCCGCAGAACAGGUGGAACUACGGUACGUCUUCGCAGUCGGGUUGGCGUCUGUAUGAGCACGGUGGUGGCUCUGGGACCCCUGGGGACGACGCACAGAGCUAG